AUGUGGUUUUCUGCAGCCACGUCACCGGCGGAAUUCACAGUCUCACCUGUCUACGGUUCGGCAACAACUCUCAACGUCAGCCUUGUCACGUCAAAUAUCGGAACACUGAAUGACGAUAACAAACUCCCCGAUAAUGGCUCUCAUCAUAUGCAAGCUCCAAGUCCGCAUUCUUACAUUCUGGACAGUAGUUACCCGUCAUCAGCGAUAGAAGACACCUUUGGCAGUCAAAAUGGCAAGGAAAGGAUGCCUAACAGAGGCAAGCUCAGGCACGCUGGUUUACAGGACGGCUAUUUUAGUCCCAAAACUGCCGUCAAGAGCAUUCAGGCAUUCGCAGUGCAGUUCAAGCGGCCUGUGGAUGAAACCUGGGAGGAAACUGAGAGGGAAUACGAGAAGAGCUGGAUGGUUGUCCGCAAUCUAAUUCCAGGUUAG